AUGAAUCAACGUUGCAUAAUCCAAAAGAAAAAAGUUAUUAAAUCUAUUGAAUUAGAGUUAAAUGCUCAGAAUCCAAAACAUAAUUUUCUGGAAACUACUCAAGAAGAGUUGAUUACGGAAAAUCAACUUUUUUUAAAUAACUCAGUUGAAAGUUUUCUUAUGAAAGAUUUUGAACAUCUAUUUCUCAACAAAAAUAAGGAAUUGGGUUUCUUUAUUGAAAAACUUGG